AUGGCUAUAUUCGAGUGGCGCAAGUUCAACUUUUUCGACCUCCGUCAGGGAGUAGAUAAAGAUAACGUAUCCGGGGCGUUACAGGGUGCGAAGAUUACCGCAACGGCAAAUGGCAGCAGCUUGAUAGUGAUUUGCGAUUCCAACGGAAACAUUCACACAUUUAGCCGCACUUGGUCGGUGAUUAGUUUCAAAGGCCACGAAGGUUCUAUACUGCUGUGCGACAUAGCGAAACCGAACAACCUGCUCGUAACGGUGGGUGAGGAUAUAAACGGUCCGUCUUUCAAGGUUUGGAACUUGUCGAAGCUGUCCGCGGCUAACGGAGCGCAAUGUUUGCGCACGGUACGCACGAUGGUAUCCGUCCCAACGGCGUUGGCCGUCUCGGAGGGAGGACAAUUUAUGGCGAUCGGUUUUGCGCAGGGCAACAUAUCACUGUACCGUGGAGACAUUAGCCGCGAUCGAUCGAAAACUCUCAAACAGCUCACGGCCGGUACAAGUGAUAUAGCCGGAAUCGCAUUCAAGCACUGCCACAAGCACACACAAAUGUUUGUCUGCUCGAACUCGGGCGUGUAUCUCUACAAUCUGCACAGCCGCGACAAGGAGAUUCGCGUUAUUCUGGCCACAAUGAAGAAACCAGUCGGUUGCUGUGCGUUACAGACUGGCCACAACGAGGGUCACUUUAUGGUUGGAUUGGAUGAUGCAGUGUACUGCUAUACGUCGGAUGGCCGUGGUCCGUGUUAUGCGCUCGAGGGUAACAAAACGCUUCUACACUGGUAUCGCUCGCAUCUGCUGGUGGUGAUGCGCAACCCAAGAAGUCCCGGUGGGUUUAAUCUCACCGUGAUCGACAUACAGAACAAAUUCAUCGUUUUCACCUCACCCAUUGACGAGGUUUCGGCGAUUCUAACCGAUUUCGGCACCUGCUACAUUCUGACCGAAAGUAAACAGAUUCUCCAUCUCGACGAGAAAGAUCUGCAGAGUAAGCUGAAUGUGUUGUUUAAGAAAAAUCUGUACGACAUUGCUGUGCGUAUUGCCAAAUGCAAUCAGUACGAUGCGGAGGGUCUUGCGGGUAUUUUCAAGCAGUACGGUGACCAUCUCUACAGCAAGGGCGAUUUUGCCGGUGCGGUGGAACAGUAUGCAAAAACCAUUGGUCAUCUGGAACCAUCGUACGUGAUACAGCGCUUCCUAGACGCACGGCACAUACACUAUCUCACGGAUUAUCUGCAGACGAUACACGCACAGGGACGAGCUACCGCUGACCACACGACACUGCUGUUGAACUGUUUCACUCGGCUCGAUCGAACGACCCAGUUGAAGGAGUUUUUGAAAAACGAUCAAAAGUCCAACCUGUUCGACAUUGAUGUGGCGAUCAAGGUGUGCCGGGAUGCGUCGUACGUUGACGAAGCACUUCAGUUGGCGAAAGCACACCGAAAGCAUGACGCCUGCCUGAGUAUACUCACCGAAGAUAUGGGUCAGUUCGAGGAAGCGCUAAGCUACAUCGAAUCGCUAACUUGUACGGACGCGGAACGCAGCAUUAAACGAUAUGGAUCGGUAUUGAUGACAAACUGUCCCACGAGAACUAUAGCAUUGCUGAAGAAACUGUGCACAGAAUAUGCCUCGAACCGGAACUCGACGCAAGGCAAAGACGCUCUAACGGUAGCUGAUUUGUUGUCGGAUCUAAAUCUAAACGAUGAACGUGGUCACGGGAACCCGGAAGACUUUAUUCACCUAUUUGACGAUACGGAGCUGUUGAUCGAUUUCCUGGAACAUCUGACACGCUUCGUGCCUGCCAGCAGCCAGUGCGUGUACAGUACGCUAAUCGAGCAUUAUCUGUACAAAUGGAAGGAAAAUGCGUCGGUAGAGGAAAAGUUACUAGAUUUGUUAAAAUACAACACGGAGCGGUACGACAGAAAUCAUGCCCUGGCGCAGUGUCGUGUUCACGAGUUCUGGCCGGGCGUUAUGUAUCUGUACGAGGAGGAUAAGCUAUACCAUCUCAUCAUACGGCACUACUUGAGACAUCGCCAGUAUGAGGAGUUAUUGGGGUGCUGUCGCAAGCUAGCUCACAACAAUACGUCCCUCUGGUUGCUUACGCUAAACGGUCUUAAAAACGAUGCACAAGCUCCGCCGCAUUUGUUUAACCAAAUUCUUCAAGUCAUUUCCCAGAAAAGACUACAAGCUCCGCUGCAAGUGCUCGAUUGUUUGGCGGUGGAUCAAGGUCCCGCCUUUCUCUCGGUGAAAGAUUAUUUCAUGCAGGUUUUUCAGAAGGAACAGGACACCAUCCGCAGUGAGGAGGAAAAGGCGCGAACCUACCGUGAGGAAUCAGCCUCUAUUAAGCGUUACAUAAAGCACCUGCAGGAGGGUAACGUGGAGUUUCAAAACACGACCUGUGAUGCGUGUAAGCAGCCGUUGUCGAUGCCGGCACUGUUUUUCCUUUGCAAACAUUCCUAUCACCAAGACUGUAUUCGAAGCUACACCGAUACGGAACGGGACUGUCCAGUGUGCAAUAAAAACAAUAUCCAACUGAUCGAGGCACUAAGAGCGCAGAGUGAGGCACGCGAUCAGCAUGAAAUGUUUCACGAUCUGCUCGAUCGUUCACCGGAACCAUUCUCCGUGGUGGCCGAUUAUUUCGGGCGCGGAUUAUUCAACAAGCUGCUUAUUGUAGAGGAAGGAGAUCCACAGAUGGAGAUUAUGGAACAACCGAAACAAACUGAACGUGCGAAAGCUAGCCCCGUUGCGUCGUACGAACCGCGUGUUAUUCCACAAACGCCGGCACCGUACACCAGCGAAGCGAGACUCCGCCAGGACGAAGGUCGAUCGGCUCAGAUACGAAUCGAAUCGCACGAAAACGAAAUGCGCCUCCGUUUGAUGGAACAAGAGCGCAUCAGGCAGCGCCAACAGGCGGCAACAAUCGCGCAACAGCAGAUGAAGCUCCGAGAUGACCGUAGUCCGAAAAUGCAAUCACCAUAUGGCAGUCCGAGACCACCAACCGGCGCCGAACUGAACCGAGCGCUUAAUCCAUUCGAAAAAUCGAACGUUUCCUCUACGAAAGCCGUUACCAGUGCGAAAGAUAUCGCUAAAAUACCGAUCGCCACCACGGCACGCAAUCCUUUCGAUGAGGAUGACGCAGAAUAUGACAAUACCAAAAAUCCUUUCGACGAAGGAACUGGUCCGACGCAGGGAAAAUCACAAACGGAUCGUUCCGCCGCCAGAAACCCGUUCGAAGAGGAGUACGACAGUAAGCUUGAUCCUUUUGCAGAGUAA